AUGGGCCCAAACUUCACAGGGCAUCCCGCUGCGAUGGGACAUCCUGGUGUCGCCGGUCACCCCAUGGGACCUGGCAUGCCUCCCAACUCUGCACAAGGUGCACCGGGUGGUGGAAUGCCUCAGCAGUUCGCCGGGGCUCACAUGGCCGUAGGCCCAGGAGGACAAGUAAACCCUGCCUUGAUGGGUGCCAUGCCACAAGGUGCCAAUCCUCAUGCUCAUGCAAUACAGCACUUGACUCCCGCUCAACAGCAAAUGUUCCACCAGCAGCAGCAACAGCAGCUGCAGAAUCAAUUCAACAACCCCAGCGCGAUGGCUGCUAUGCGCCAGCAACAAAUUCUCCAACAUCAGCAGCAACAGGCGAGGCAGGCAUUCAUGGCCCAGCAGGCUAUUCAAGGCAACAUGCCGGUUGGCGUCAACGGGAUGCCCAUGGGGAUGCAACUAGGCCAACUCAAUCCGCAACAGCUUCAACAGCUUCGGCAAUCCGGAAGAAUGGGACCUGGUCAGCAUCCCCAAGCCCAAGCCCUCAUGGCUCAUCACAUGGCGCUUCAGCAGCAGCAGCAGCAGCAGCAGCAACAGCAACAGCAACAACAGCAACAGCAGCAGCAGCAGCAGCAACAACAACAACAGCAGCAACAACAACAACAGCAGCAACAGCAAGCCGCCCAGAGCCAGCAAAUGCCUGGAAAUGCAGGGCAACCAAUGGGAAUGAAUGCUCAGGGCUUAGCCAAUGUACAACAACAGCAACAAGCUCAAAUGGGUGCUGCUGGACAGAACCAGAUGGGCCAGCCGCAACAAACCGGGCAACCAGGUCAAGGACAACCGCAACCACAACAGCAGCAGCAGCAGCCGCAACCUCAACCUCAACCUCAACCUCAGUCUCAACCUCCGCAGCCACAACCACAACAGUCUAGCCAACCACAAUCCCAACAUACACCACAGCAAGGCUCCCAAGCUGGCACUCCGGCACCCAGUGGCCAACACACGCCAGCUCAGACGCCAGCGCCGCCUACACCAUCACAACCGACUCCGCAACAGCUACAAAACCCGCAGCAGCAGCAGCAGCAACCACAAAAUCAGUCUCAACAGCCUGGCCAACCACAACCUCAGCAGGGUGCUGGUCCAGCGCAGCCACAGAUGAAUGCUGCCACGGCAGCCGCUGCGCAACACAUGGCUUUAUCGAACAACCUUUUCCAUCAGCAGCAGCGAAGAGAGAAUCUGAAGGGCCAGUGCUUAUUGAAGUUGAUGCAGUUCUCUGAACAUUUGAGCGGGUUUCCUGGACCCAGGGCAAAGGACGACCUGACGUACUGGAAUGGCUUUGUUUCAAGAUUCUUCUCCAAUAAUGGCGUCCUUCGUCAUUCAGUAUUGAUAAAUGACGCCGAUGAAUCAACCGACAAGCAGUAUGAGAUAGCUUUUCCGGCCAUUGCCCGAUACUUUCACACGCAUUUUAGCAGCGGCGUCAGGAGCAUGCAGUUGAUCAUGGACAAGGGGCUCACCGAUCGCCCUUUACCUGGCGACGGUCACUGUAUCGAGAACCAAAGAGCUAGCCUGGUCUACUGGUUUGAAGCCGGUUCACAUCUUGUCGCUACCGGUACACUCCGGGUACAAUUCGACAAUGAGCAACGCAUUGAACUUUUUGAGUUUGUGACCACUGGACAUGAGGAAUACAUCUCAAGAAAGCAGGUCAUAGAAGCCGCCAAACCCGCUCACAUGUGGAUCAAAGAUUGGCACAAGGUCAACUCUCAGGAUGGCAAAACUUCUCCAGAGAUGUCGAAGAAGAGCAAGGCGAAGCAGCUCAAGUCACCUCAGACCCAGCCACCCGAAGUCCUUGUGGAUCUCCCUGACUCUGCUGUCAACAGCAAAGGUGUAACUGAGGCGGUACAUCAGUUCCUCGAGAUUGUCGAAGUCAUGGGUCAAAUGAACCCGCUCUUUGGAUUCUGCCAGGGAAACCCCGGUGUUGGUCCCUAUGCUGCACUAGAGCAGUACGUUGGAACCUACAUCAAUGGAAAUGCUCAGGCGGUCAAUGGUCAGCCGAUACCCCAAGGCGGUCCUAGAACACCUAGCUUUGGCCAAUUCCCUAUGGGAGCAAGCCCAGCAGCAGCACACAUGAAUCUCCCUGGAUCACCACAUAUUGGCAGCCCAGCUACUGGACAAAUGCAAGCUCCAGGGAUGCAGCUGCAACCUAGUCAGCAAGGAACCAGCUCAAGUGGACCGAGCGCCAAUACCUCACCAGCGUCUAACAAACGCAGACGCCCAUCCGGUGUUAAAACCGAAGACGACGGCUCUGGAGGGGUAACAACAAGUGGUGCACAGGUCAACGGCGUAGGCAGAGGGAAACCGCCUACUCCUCGGAUGCCGAAGCGCGUUAAGGGAAAUCCUUCAUAA